UCCAUUAUUGUGGACGAUCCUCCAAGGUUUUUCAUUAUCAACAGUUUCAGACGGACUCGACGUUCCUAAUGCAUUGUUUACGAAUUAGUUUCUGAAUAAAAUUAAAAAAUGAAUUUAGAAACGUGGGUUAGUGAUCAGUUAAUUGAAAUUCUAGACUUUAGUGACCGCUAUACGUCUCAGUUUCUGGCGUCGCUUGCGCAUAAAAGUUCAUCAGUGAAUGACCUUAUUGAGAAAGUCCGUAGCACAGACACUAUAGAUGUGACAAACGCAAAAGUCAUGACUUUCUUGACAGAACUGUGGGGGAAGAUUCCGAGAGCAGCCCCGAAAGUUAAUCUUGAAAGAAUUGCUGCAAAGCAGCAAGAGCAAGCUAUGUUAGCAAUGAUUGAAAAAAACAAACGAUACAAAUUGUUGGAAGACAGUGACGAAGAAGUAAUGGCUCCUCCACCACCACCUGCUAGCAAAAAAAUUAAGAAAGAAAAAAGAAAGUCUGAAUCCAGCAGUGAGGAUGAAGAUGAAAAGCAACGAGUGAAAGAUUUAAAAGAAAGAGAUGAGUUCUCAGAACGUCUCAAACUAAAAGAUAAAGAUAAACAGAGGAAUGUGGUAACUGUUGGGAAAGGCUUUGCUGAGGCUGCUAAACGACUUCAGAUGGAGGCUGAAGAUAAAGCAAAUAUUAUUCCCAAACUUAGAGUUGAAUCAAGAAGAAAAUAUUUGGAGAAACGAAAGGGUGACAAAAUCACUGAAUUGGAAGCAGAUAUUUUCGAUGACGAAUACCUGUUUGAUGAGCAACAACUUACGGAGCGUGAACGAAAGGAUCGCGAGUACAAAAAGAAAAUUCUCAAUCUUGCGAAAGAACACGACAAGGCCCGAGAGUUGGAAUUAGUUCAACGGUACCAUAUGCCCGAUGACAAGCGGGAUAAAGCAAUGCCUGACAGAUACGUCGAGAUAGAUGACAGAGAGAAACAACCACAUUCUGAGCAGCGAGUUUGGGAAGAUGCACGCAUGGCUACUGCCCAAUGGAAUUUUGGUGCUAGGGAUGCAAAACAGCGACUUCAAGAGAAAGGAAAAGUUCACGACUAUGAUCUCUUGUUGGAUGACACCAUUGACUUCGUUCAGACAAAUCAACUUGCCGGGACGAAGGGUAUCGAAGAUCAACCAGAGGUAAGUGACAUCCAGAAGAAGAAAAUGUCGUUGCAAGAAACAAGGAAAUCUCUACCGAUAUUUCCAUUUCGUGAAGAUUUACUGCAAGCCGUAGAAGACCAUCAAAUUUUGAUCGUGGAAGGAGAGACGGGCUCUGGUAAAACAACGCAAAUCCCACAAUAUCUUUACGAAGCAGGGUAUUGCAAAGACGGUAAAAAAAUUGGAUGCACACAGCCUCGUCGUGUUGCUGCCAUGAGCGUUGCUGCCCGCGUAGCUCAGGAAAUGGGCAAGAAACUUGGUAACGAAGUUGGUUAUAGCAUUCGAUUUGAGGAUUGCACAUCAGAGAGAACUGUAAUCAAAUAUAUGACUGACGGAAUGUUGUUGCGAGAGUUCCUCUCCGAACCUGAUUUACAGAGUUAUAGUGUCAUGAUCAUCGACGAGGCUCACGAACGAACACUUCACACCGAUAUUCUUUUUGGUUUGAUCAAAGAUAUCGCCCGUUUUCGACCUGAUUUGAAGCUUCUUAUUUCCAGUGCUACAUUGGAUGCUGAAAAAUUCUCCGAUUUCUUUGAUGAAGCUCCCAUUUUCCGCAUCCCUGGUAGAAGAUUUCCCGUGGAAAUUUUUUACACCAAAGCACCCGAAGCAGAUUAUAUCGACGCCUGCGUAGUCACAAUCCUUCAAAUUCACGUAACGCAAGAUGCAGGGGACAUUCUUGUUUUCCUUACUGGACAAGAAGAAAUUGAAACUGCUCAGGAGAGCCUGACAGAACGGACCCGACGAUUAGGUACAAGGAUAAAAGAAUUGCUGAUUCUACCUAUCUAUGCCAAUUUACCGUCAGAUAUGCAGGCAAAAAUUUUCGAGCCAACUCCCCCUGGUGCCAGGAAAUGCAUUUUGGCAACGAAUAUCGCAGAAACGUCUUUGACUAUUGACAACAUCAUCUUCGUAAUUGACCCAGGAUUUUGCAAGCAAAAUUCAUACAAUGCGCGAACGGGAAUGGAAUCCUUAGUGGUCGUUCCAAUUUCCAAAGCGUCAGCUAACCAACGAGCAGGACGAGCUGGACGUGUUGCAGCUGGCAAAUGCUUUCGUUUAUACACAGCGUGGGCGUACAAGCAUGAACUCGAAGAGAACACAGUACCUGAAAUUCAGCGAGUCAAUUUGGGCAACGUCGUUCUGUUGCUCAAGUCACUCGGCAUUAACGAUCUAAUCCACUUUGACUUCCUUGAUCCUCCUCCGCACGAAACACUGGCAUUGGCGCUAGAGCAACUGUACGCUCUAGGAGCCCUCAACCACAUGGGCGAAUUGACAAAGUUGGGCCGACGCAUGGCAGAAUUCCCUGUUGACCCAAUGAUGGCCAAAAUGCUAUUAGCAUCAGAAAAGUACAAAUGCUCGGAGGAAAUUGUUACUAUUGCUGCGAUGCUGUCAGUCAACAGCGCCGUCUUUUAUCGACCAAAAGAUAAAGCUAUUCACGCCGACACCGCUCGCAAGAACUUCUUUUCUCCUGGCGGCGACCAUUUCACCUUGCUUAACGUUUACAACCAGUGGGUUGACACGGACUUUUCGACCCAAUGGUGCUUCGAGAACUUCAUUCAACAUCGAUCAAUGCGACGCGCUAGGGACGUUAGAGAACAGCUAGUCGGCCUGGUGGAACGUGUCGAAAUUGACAUGGUUUCCAAUAAAGACGAUUUAGUAGCCAUCGGUAAGGCAGUGACAGCUGGAUUCUUUUACAACACAUCGCGUUUAUCCAAGACUGGUGGUUACAAGACAGUUAAACACAAUCAGACAGUUCUCAUCCAUCCCAACAGCUCCAUGUUCGAAGAACUUCCGCGCUGGCUCAUCUAUCACGAACUUGUGUUCACAACUAAAGAGUAUAUGAGGCAAGUCAUUCAGAUUGAAAAUAGCUGGCUAUUGGAAGUUGCUCCUCAUUAUUACAAGGCGAAAGAUUUGGAAGAUACAACAACUCGUAAGAUGCCCAAAAACAAGGGCAAAUCACGAGCAGAGUUGGGAGAUCAUUGAUCUGUGAAGAUCCUUUGGAUUUGAUUGUGAAAAUUUCGCUCUUUUAUUCAUCAUUUUGAGUGAUCAUGAAUAUAGCAACACGUAAUAUUAUAAGGUUGGAUCUCUGCCACCCUAUGGUUUUAUCAGUGUUAUUUUGCCACCUUGUGAUUGUUUUGGGUCGAUAAAAAUACAGUCUCUUUUUCUA